AUGACAAAAUUGACAGAGCCAACUUGCGCCGCUCUAGAACUCCAAGACCUUCAUCUCCAUGGUCGGUGCUUCACCUGGAGUAAUGAGAGGGACGUCCCAACGCUAGUGCGCCUCGACAUGGUACUGGUGUCCAUCGACUGGGACGAGAGAUUCCCAAAUUCUCACCUUCGUGCUCUAGGAACUGAUGCUUCGGAUCACUGUGCCUUGCUGCUACAAACCAACAUGGGCCAGAUGUCCAAGGCGAGAUUCCACUUCGAGCUAUUUUGGCCCAAGUUUGACGACUAUGCGGAAGUCGUGGCCAAUGCCUGGCAGCGGCCAAUCAGGCCCCACGACCCCUUAUCUAGCCUGGAAGGCAUGCUCAGGGCGCUGGAUGGCAUGCAGCAAGCUCUGCGCGACCACUUCGCCGCUGUCUUUGGGACUGCAGCCUCGGGAGGGAUGACUUUGAACUUUCAGGCCCUGGGGAUUCAGCCUCUCGACCUCAGCGACCAAGAAGCAGCAAUCACUAACGAGGAAGUAUGGGCUACAAUCAGAGCCAUGCCAAGCGAUCGAGCACCUGGACCGGAUGGGUUCACAGGUGCAUUCUACAAGUCAAGUUGGAGCACCAUCUCUAAUGAGGCUUGGGGUUUCGGCCAAACUUGGCGCAGGUGGAUCGAAAUGCUGCUAAGUACUGCAACCUCCAGCAUCAUCCUCAAUGGCCAAAAAGGGCCACCAAUCAGGCAUCACAGAGGUGUGCGCCAGGGUGACUCUUUGUCCCCAAUGCUCUUCAUCAUAGCUAUGGACGUGCUACACCGACUGUUCCAAAAAGCGGCCGCUGAUGGGCUACUGAGGAAGAUGGAACUGCCUGAAAUCAAGUUUCAGUGCAGCCUAUACGUCGAUGAUGUCAUUCUAUUCAUCCGUCCACACGACCAGGAAGCAAGGGCUGUUAAGCAAAUCUUGCACAUCUUCGGCGAAGCCUUAGGCCUAAAAACUAACUUGGCAAAGUGCUCCAUCAUGCCGAUCUAUGGCGGGGAAGACUCACUGGAGGAAAUUGUGUCCAUUCUAGGCUGUCAAGUGCAACAGUUCCCCAUCAGGUAUCUUGGCCUCCCACUGAGCACAAAGCAAAUACCGAAGUCCCACUUCCAAUCGGUCGUCGAGGGCGUGGCGAGGAAGAUGCCACCAUGUCACGGCAACCUGAUGGCCAGAAGCGGAAGGCUCGUGUGGAUUAAAUCGGUGCUGCAUGCGGUACCGAUCUACGCAAUGAUGGCAGAGAAUAUGUGGCCAUGGGCGAGGAAGGAGAUUGACACCAUAUGCAGGAGAUUUUUCUAG